CUGAAUGAAGAAGAAUUCCCAAAAAUCCGUAAUUAAUUUUAUUUGAAAUUUUCUUAAAUUUAUUUGUAUAAUGUCGAAUGAGGAUUAUAAAACUUGUGAUAUUUGCAAAGACAAGACAAACUGUAAUUUUGAUGAAUUACUAUUUGGAGAUUGGCAACACAGUCGUGGUAUUACCGUACAUUACUACUGUUUGCUACUCUCAACCAAUUUACCACAAAAAGGGAAAGAUUUCAGUGGCAUUAAUGGCUUCUUAUUACGAGACAUCCGCAAAGAAAUAAAUGCUGCUUCUAAGCGCACUUGUUGCUAUUGUGCUCGUUCAAAUGCUUCCAUUCAGUGUUUUAAAUGUCAUGAUUAUUUUCACUUAUGCUGCGGACGUUCAAAUCGCUGCCUUUUCACUUUUACUGGUGACUUUCGCUCAUAUUGUGACGAUUGUGUUCCAAGGCAGGAUCUACGACCAGGUGGACUUAAAAAACGACCUUCAAGCUUUGAACGUUGCAGUAUUUGUCGCGAUCAAAUGGGUCUCUACGAUGAGGUAAUUUUUGUAUUUGGUAAAUGUUGCAAUAAAGGCUAUGCGCAUAAUGUUUGCGUUCAAAAAUAUGCCCUUGCUGCUGGCUACUAUUUGCGCUGCCUUUGGUGUCGUAGUAAGGACUUCCGGGACACCGUCCCGUUACAUGGUGUUUUUGUGCCUGAUAGAGAUGCUUGUUGGGAAAUGCAGAAGGGUACAUAUACUGAUUUGCACCGAGGUCAUAGCACUUGUGACAUGGAUGUAUGCUUGUGCCCUAAAGGUAGAGAUUACAAUACAGGCAAAUGGUCUGUAAUACUUUGCUCGUUGUGCGGCAGUGUAGGAGCUCAUAAUCCUAAAUGUUUAUUGGGAAACGAGAAUGCUAAGGAGCUAGUAACCACCUUUAAGUGUGCAACAUGUGCACGCACUGAAUCGAGAGUCACGAAUUUGCCCGAAAAUGAAACUAAUACCGAUAAUGCAGAUGACGUUAUUACUAAAAGCAUAUAUAUGCGGAAAAAACAUACAAAUGCUGAAGAAAAAACAUCAAAAAGUUUUAUAGCCACCUUCUCAGAAGAUGAGGAUAGCCAAUUGUCUGGCGAAAGUUUUAUCACCGUUAUUCCCCAGAAAACGCCAGAUAUAAAUUCCUCAAUAAAAGCCUGCUCCGCAGAAAAACGCUCAGUUGAAGAAGUAAUGGCAAGUGGAACCACUUCCAAACAAAGUGUUCCUCCAUCAAGUGAUUGUAACAACAGCACAGGUAAAAUCGAGACAGUUGUGUUAUCAGAAAGUGAGGAUUUAGAUGAAGAUACAAGUAAAUGUAAAGAUAUGUCGAGCUUGCAGCAUCAGUUAUUAACUACAUGUCCUGAGGAAAACAUCGCAAAUUCGGCUGCAUCGAAAGCACAGGAGCUCCUAUUAUACAUGAAUGAUGAGGAAACACAAGUAUUCGAGCUCAAUAGCUCUUAUAUACCACAGGAAAACACCCAACCGAGAGCUUCACUAACACAGGAGCCUAUAAUUCCGUAUACACAAGAAGAUACUACACAAAGUUUUCAUGACGGCAUCCGUAGAGUAGAAGAAACACAGACACAACUUGUAGUGGCUGAAAAUAUAACCGAAGCUUCGAGUACUACCAUGGAGCAAUAUUUUGGACCCACUCAAGAGCUAACGUGUGCUCAGAUUGCCAACUCACCGGAUGAUAUUAAUCAAUCACCUGUUGUAUCUUCCUCCUCGCAAGUUGAGGAUCAGUGGGCUUCAUUUGAAGUAUAUGAAUACGAUGAAGCGGAAGGCAAAUGCGUUGGUAGUGCAAUAGUACGCAUUAAUUUGAUUGAUGAAAGAUUUUCCGGUAUGUCUUUAAAUGAGAUUGAGAUGAAUUCCGCUAAAUUAUUGAGCGCUGGUGAUGUAGUAGAGCGUUCGGAAGGUGUAGGCCUUUUUGCUAAAAUUGAUGAAAUUAUUGCGGAGUACACAAAUUAAAAUAAGUAUUGUAUUUGUAGAGAGAUAUUAUGAGGGAAUUCCCUUACUCUAGACAUAACCGCGCUCAAUAAAUAUUGCCAUAGGAAAAAAGGGGUCAAACUACAUUGAUUUUCUGCACGAGAGGGCUAUCCUGCACUAGCUUGUUGUUGUUUCAAAUGAAAAUGUUGCUUGUUAGCAUGCAGCGAGAGUGUUCUGCUAUACUACGAGAAUCCUCUUAUUAUGCUUUUAAGACUGAGAAAGGAGAAUAAAUUAAUAAUAUUAAAUAUAAGUUAUUUAUUCAUUUUUCAUACAUAAUUUCAAAAUAAAUUUAAAAAUUGCGUAUGUGUAAA